GUGUUUAUAAUACUUUAGAGGAAUGUGAUGAACAAGUGAACAACUUUACAUCAUCAUAUUAUAAAAAAUUUCCAACAAUUGAAGAAGCUAAUGAAGAAUUUGAAAGAUAUCAACUGAGAAUUAAAAGAAAGAAAGAAAAAUUAAAUUGUGAUGAUAAAAUAGUUAUUUACACAGAUGGUUCUCAUAAGAAUAAUCAAAAAGGAUCAUACGCCGGUAUUGGAGUUUAUUAUGAAGAUGGAAGUAAACAAAUCACUGAACCUUUACCUGGAGAUUUACAAACAAACAAUCGUGCGGAACUAUAUGCAAAAACAGUUAAAAAAUGUGAUGUAAAAAACAAAGAUUUAUUCGAAAAGAUUGAUUUUUUACUGUCUAAAAGACCUGGAGAGGUAUAUUUUACACAUGUUUUUGGACAUAAAGGUAUAACUGGAAAUGAAUUAGCAGACAAAUUAGCUAGACAAGGUGCUGCAAUUAAAAUGAAUGAGAGCAAAAAAUUAUCUCCAUAUAAUGCUUUUAUGAAAGCAAAUUUAUCCGUUGUUAAAAAAAAUAGACCAGAUUUAGACAUCGAUACUCAAGAUUCAAUUAACAAAGAUGUUGUUUUAAGUAAAAAAGAACAAUUUUGGUGGUUCAGAGAAAAUGACAAUACAAAUUUUCGUAGACCAAUCAUGUAUCCUGACAAUGAUGGGUAUAUUACCGAAUAUACUCAAAUUAAGUUAAAUGAUAAGCAAAAUGCUCUUCUUGAUAGAAAACAUCGAGAAUUCUUGAAACAACAUAAAUUUGUUCUCGAUAAGAACAAUAAUAUCAUUGAAGCAAUUACUAAAGAAUUUUUACUCGAAUUACUUUAUAAAGUUAAAUUAGCAAACAUCGAAUUUAAGAAUGGUUAUCCAUUUGAUUUACGUGAAU